AUGGCAUCUCUGGAUAUGUCUUUGGAUGAUGUGAUUAAGAAGAGCAGGAGAAAUAAUGGAAAGGGAGGCCGAGGACAAGGCAGUCCCCGUCGUGGAAGAGGGCCAGUAGGGUCUUCCAGAGGUGGAAGACCAUUUGGCGGAUUUGGGGCUCCUCGCAGAAAUCCUCUUGGAUUGAAUGCUCGAUCUUCAUCCUUUGCAAUUGCCAAGUCCAUUCGCAGACCCAGGCCUCUACCAUGGCAGAAUGGUUUGUUUGAGGAUAGUCUUAAAGCUGCUGGUUUGUCGGGUAUGGAUGCUGGUACAAAGCUACAUAUAUCAAACUUGGCCUUUGGGGUGUCUAAUGAAGAUAUAAGGGAGCUCUUUUCGGAGGUUGGGGAGUUGGUUAGAUAUGCAAUUCACUUCGACAAAGAUGGGCGCCCUAGUGGUACAGCGGAGGUGGUUUUUGCAAGAACAACUGAUGCAUUUCAAGCAUUUAAACGAUAUAACAAUGUCCAGCUAGAUGGAAGACUUAUGAAGAUAGAUAUAAUAGGUGCCAAAGCGGAGAUCCCCAUUUCACCUCGUGUUAAUGUUGGAGGAGCUUAUGGGAAGAAGAGGACAGUUGUCAUGGCGUCUGGACCUGGUCGUUCCGGAGGUGGCUUUGCAGCGGCUAACCACAAUUCUUUGCAAAGAAGUCGUGGUGGUCCUAGCAAUAUCCGUGGUGGUGGCGGCAGUAGUAGCCGUGGAGUUGGUGGCCAUGGACGUGGUGGUGCCAGCAACCGCCGUGGACGUGGUGGGGGGGCACGGAGGAGAAAGAGAACCGUUGAGAAAUCAGCUGAUGAACUUGACAAGGAACUCGAGAGCUAUCAUGCCGAGGCCAUGCAGUCUUGA